UAUAGCAACAAAACAAGUUGGACAUUUUGGAAAGAAAUCAUUUUAAUAUUUUACAAAAUACCUGUUUAAUACAUCAUAAUGCCUCCAAAGAAAGGCAAGAAAGGUAAAAAGGGCAAGAAGUCUGCCAAGGCUAAGACUCCAACAGUUAUAGAUGGCAUCUCAACAGAGGAAAUGUCCAAAGAGCAGUUGGAAGAGCACAUUGUGCGUCUUCGUGAGGAACUUGACCGUGAACGUGAGGAGAGGAAUUACUUUCAACUGGAGAGAGACAAAGUGAACACAUUCUGGGAGAUAACCAAGAGAAAACUGGAAGAGAAGAAGGCAGAAUUGCGGAACAAAGAUAGAGAGAUGGAAGAUGCUGAAGAAAGACAUCAGAUAGAAAUUAAAGUAUACAAACAAAAGGUGAAGCAUUUAUUGUAUGAACACCAGAACAAUAUAUCUGAGCUGAAAGCUGACAGUACGGUAGCUCUGAAGCUCUCACAAGAUGAACAUCGUGGCAACGAAGGUGAUCUCAGGAAAGACAAACGCUCCCUUAAAGUACAGCUCAAAGAACAAGAGCUGGCACAUGAAGAUGUCAUUAAGAAUCUCAAAAGGACUCAUGAUGAGUAUGUUACCAACAUGCGUGGGGACUUUGAGCGUCAAGCACGAGAAAUUGAGCAGAAAUAUGAAAAGAAAAUGCGAGCUCUUCGUGACGAAUUGGACCUUCGUCGCAAAACAGAAAUCCAUGAGAUUGAAGAGCGCAAAAAUGGACAGAUUAAUACUCUUAUGAAGAAUCAUGAGAAAGCAUUUAGUGAUAUAAAGAACUAUUAUAAUGACAUCACUCUAAAUAAUCUGGCACUCAUCAACACACUCAAGGAACAAGUGGAAGAGAUGAAGAAGAAGGAAGAAAGGAUGGAAAAACAGAUGGCUGAGGUGAUGGCAGAAAAUAAACGUUUAAUAGAACCUCUACAACGAGCCAAGGAAGAGGUAGAAGAGCUACGGAGACAGCUUGCCAACUAUGACAAGGAUAAACAAAGUCUUUCGAGCUGUAAAGCACGCCUACGAGUCAUGGAAGAGGAGUACAAAGCGCUACAAUGGGAGCAUGAAGUCUUGGAGCAACGGUUUGAAAAAACACAAAAUGAACGUGAUGAACUUUAUCGCAAAUUUGUCAAAGCAAUUCAUGAGGUACAACAGAAGAGUAACUUUAAGAACCUGUUGUUGGAGAAGAAGUUGACGGCUUUGGCUGAUACCCUUGAGAAGAAGGAGGCUCAGUUAAAUGAAGUGUUGUCUGCAUCUAAUCUUGAUCCCACAGCCCUCACUGUGGUCACUAGAAAACUUGAGGAUGUAUUGGAUUCAAAGAACAGUGCUAUCAAAGAUCUGCAGUAUGAAUUAGCGAGAGUGUGCAAGGCCCAUAAUGACUUAAUGCGAACAUAUGAAUCAAAGUUAAAUCAGUUUGGUGUACCAACAGAUGAGCUUGGAUUUAGCCCUCUGGAGAGCACUGUGGGUGGUCAGACUCUGGGUCAGGGACCCGCAGGACUUGUGUCUGCUCCAUCAUAGUUUUAACAUGCACUUAAGUUUACAUGCCAACCUUUUAAAGCAUGAGAUAUAAUAAUAUGUUAGUUUCUACACUCACAUGGACAUAGUGUAGUCAGAGGAUCAUUUACUCAAACUUCAAGAAAUUAAGAAUUCCUAAAUUAGUUGUUUUUACCAUGGAUACAAUAGAAAGACUACCCUACUCUCCAAAAUAAGAAUUUGGUCUUAAUUUAUUAUGACAUGAUAAAAAUGGAUUUGAUUAUUGACUAUAUGCCUACUUGCAGACUGAUCUAAUCUACUUUGUGGAAUCAGUGACAGUGACAGUAAACCUGGUUGAUUUUUUGGAAUGUUUAUGUUUCAUUUACUUUUUCUGGAUUGAUAAAAAAUAAAGUCAAAGAUUACUGUGCAGAUCUAUGGAGGAGUCAUUGCCAAACUUGGUAGUAAACACCAAUGUUGCAAAAACAUUAAACGAUUCAUAGCAGCGAUGUUUCAGGUUUACAGUUAUAUGUUACAGUAAAAGUUCAAUAUAAGGAUAAAAGCCAUUAAUCAAAUGUAGAUAUACAUUAUUUUCUGUCCAUUUUUGCUGUUUAUUGCAAUCAUUUAAUGAUAAUAAGACAUUCCAGAGCGAUCAUGGGCUUUAAUUCAACAAAGAGUAUAAUAAAGUAAUCAUUUUUAAACAAUUUAAAAUUGUAUAUAUAGUUGUGUAUAUGUAUAUAAAUGUACAAUAAAUUAUAUUAUAGUAAUAACAUGCAAGUCAAAAAUAUUUGCUCUCUGUGAAUGCAGAUUUUAAAAUUAUGAAAAUAAAACAAAAAUU